CACUUUGACAGCAAGGGAUCGAGUCGAGUGAGACUCACACGUUGACUAGAGAGCUAGGCACAUGGAUGGGAUGUCCACACGGGUGUGAGACUGAGCACCCCGGCCGGCAGUACAUAUAUGCUCCUUGCUCACGGCCUCAACGCACAGUUCUAGUACCAAUCUACAGGAAGGACCUAGCUGCUCUUAAGCCUUAACCCAUGGAGAGAUCAUCGUUCCCUUCAAAGGUUCUCCUCGCCUUCCUCCUGCAGGUCCUCCUGCUCUCUGAACCUCUGGAAGCAAGGGUACUGGGUGAUGCAUACGACUACAAGCGCAUGCUCGCGUCAGGUGUCGAUGGAGACGCCGCAGUGCUGCCCGCAUCACACCUGAACCUCGCCGAUGUUGCAGGGAACAGGCGUCCGUAUACGCCGCCAUCGCCGAAGGGACCUCCGUCUCCGUCGCCGCACCAUCGCCACGGAGAUGCGCAUGAGCAGCAAAGGUCUCCGCCGGCGUCGUCCCCUACUGAACCUGCACCACCGCGUGAUUACAGUCACCAACAGAUGAUGGAUGUAUCUCGCGCGUUUCUCCAGGCGAUGAUGGGAUAUGUCAGGCAGAUGUAACAAACAAGCAAACCAAGUGGCCCUUCGUAACGCUUGAAUUUCUUCCGUGAAUCUUGUAGAAAUUGUUUCGUGUUAACUUUUCACAUUUUACUCUUUUCAAGAAUAUGCAAAUUGUGUUAUGUUAUUACUUCUAUAAUA